GAAGGCGUAGCGAUUUUUUUUCCCCUCUACAUCUUCGUAUUUCUCCUCAAUAUUAUUAUAAUUUAGAGGCUUUGAAUGCAUGCACAAUAUAUCUGAGUUGUUGGCGACUAUUUUAACGCAUCUUUGCUUGUUUAUGUCGUCGGGUUUUACCACAUUAUCUAAGCUACAUCUCGUGUUAUUGUUCCUCCAAGACAGCGGACACCUGCAUCUGCAGCUCCGUCUGCAUCUGCAUCUGCAUCUGCACCUGCAUCUGCAUCGGCAUCUCCAUAUGCAUCUGCAUCUGGAUCUGGAUCUGCAUCUGCAUCUGGAUGAAUAUUGCACAGUGGUGUUUUUUUUAAUUAUGCAUGAUUUUAUUAACUGACCAGUGACAACAACCCUCGCUUUACUGCAUCAUGGUCAACCUCUGCUGCCUCUGCUGCGGUGAAAUCCCUGCACCCCGCCCCCCUCCGUCAAGACAGGCGGGACCACCGCGGGAUCCCCUAUCCCCCGUCUCCUCCUCCGUGCAGCAGCAGCCUCAGCAGCAGCAGCAGCCUGCUGGCUCCGGACCAGACGCUGUGCUGGGACUGAAGGGGGCCCAGAGAGGGGGAGCACAGAAUAAAAAGAGCAAGUGAAUAAAAAGGGAGCGAGAGUUUAUAAUCUCUCUCUCUCUGACAUGCGAAAAGUGCAGCAUGCUCUCCACCGAUCUGGACUCUGCGGCGGCUCCCAAUGAUGCUGAUGAGGGAGAGGAGGAGGAGGAGGAGGAGGAAGAGGACUCACCGGCUGAGAGUGAUGUCCUGGAGGAGCAGAGUCCGGUGAAGCAGUCCCUGGGUGCUUGUGUCUGCCGGGAGUCCCAAUGGCGCUGCCUUGUGCUCUCUCUGCUCAUGUACAGCUGCCUGGGCGUGGUGGCCUGGUGUCAACUGACCCGGGUCACCAAAAUCAGCUUCAACUCCGCCCUCACCUCCUCCUUCACAGCCUCCUUCACCUCCUCCCUGCGGGGAGCCUCCGGGAUGACCGUCGGCGGACACUCGAUGAUCUACCACGACAGCCCCUGCUCCGACGGCUACAUCUACAUCCCUCUGGCCUUCCUGCUCAUGCUCUACGCCUUAUACAUGGCGGAGUGCUGGCACUGCAGAGCCAGGAGCGAGCUGCAGAGCAAAGCGGACGUGGACAGCGUCUACGAGCGUGUGCUGCGGAUGAGACAGGCCCAGCCUUGCAUAUGGUGGAAGGCCAUAAGCUACCACUUUGUCCGACGGACUCGGCAAGUCACUCGAUACCGCAACGGGGAUGCCUACACCACCACGCAGGUGUACCAUGAGAGAGUGAACACCCAUGUGGCUGAGGGUGAGUUUGACUACGGCCACUGUGGGAUGAAAGAUGUGUCGCGUGACCUCAGAGGCUUGGAGGGACAUCCGGCGACUCGCCUGCGCUUCACCAAAUGCUUCAGCUUCACAGAGGCGGGUCCAGAAAACGAUUACCUCAACCAGAGAGCCAGGUUCUUCUCUGAAAUCGAGGGUUUGGAUGAUUACAUGGAGGCCAGGGAGGGGAUGCAGCUGAAGAAUGUGGACUUCAGAGAAAACCUGAUCGCCUAUGUAGACCCAGAUAGAAUGCCUUGGUACACCUCCCAGGUUGCCUUCUGGCUGGCAGCUCUGCUGAUGUUGUCCUGGCCUCUGAGAGUGCUGAUAGAGUAUCGCACUGCUUAUGUGCACUACCGCAUAGAGAAACUAUUUGGGUUAGAGUACAGCCCCUCUCCUCUAGAUGAAGACAGGCCUUUGGGGAAUAAUCCCGGUUGUUCUAUCCCAAGAGUAGACACACUGGACAGCACUGAGAUGGAGUGGCACAUACGCUGUAACCACCAGGUGAUUCCUAGCUACUCCGAGGCCAUGCUGAUAAACAUGAGCACUGCAGACUCAAACUCGUUACAAGACACCGAAUGCACCUCAUCCUCAAACUGCUUCCUUCUGGACAGCAGCCAGACCGCCCAGAGUUACGGCGCUCUGCAAAGCCAGGAGGACUGCGAGCAAUGCAGGGAGCCCAGCGGACGAGGUGAUGGAGGAGGAGGCAGGAGGAGGACCACCACCAGCUCCAGCUGCUCCUCCAUCUUCUCCUGCCGGGGUGCACUGCUCCACUCGCACCUCUCCUCGAGCACGUCUCGCUUCUCUCUCUGCCGCAUGUACGGCUCCCACCGCACCGUGGCGCUGUGGAGGAGCCGCAGCAGCAACCUGACUGACCCCUGCUGCGUUGACGAGCAGUGCUGCCGGUCCGACUCCAGCCAGCUGGCGCUCAGCGACAGCCCGCCGACUUACAGGGACGCCCGGUUCUUCCCAGUUCUCAUUGUGCAUCGGGCCGAGGGCUGCGGCAGCGAGGACGGGAGGGAAGUGAGGCGAUAUUACAUACGGAGAGGGUCGUCCUGUGUAGAGACGGAUCUGUGAAGGACAUAAAGACGCCUAUUGAUGAGUCAAGAUGGAUUCAAAUCGGUAAUGAUGGAUGGUGUUGGUCACCGUCUGCUCCAAUGACAUUAAUGAAGAUUUAUGGAGCUUUUUGAGAAGUGAAGUAAAAGAAACUUCUAUUUUUUAACAGUCGCCUAAAGGUCAAAGAAUGAUUGAAUUGCACAUAGAAUUACAGUUAAAGUGUCUCUAUGAAAACAGCCGUAUGUAGUGUGUGUCUAAAUGCAUCACCUCUGCAUUGUCAUAUAUCCUUGUUGUGGCAGCAACAGUGUGUAUAAUGACAAUAAUAACUGUCAAAUCUAAUUAAAUGGUGCAUACAAGCCACUGAGACAUGAAAACCCUCAGCAUCCUACUGUUCUCAUCACUCGUAUUUUUCAAGGGAGCAAAACUUCACUGGUUCUUACAUUGACCUUGUAUGUAUUAUUAUACGUGUGAGGUUUGUGCCACUUAAAAGGUAAUAAUAACGCAAGAAAGAAGAAAAGUUGCAUGUUAUUAUCAAAAGGUAUUGUCUUUUAAUUGAUUAAUACUCAAACCAAAGCUGUUUUGUUUUGUUUUCCCAAAGAAUUUUAUGAAACACCACAAAACGUUUACGGAUGCUGAGUGGGAACAUGAACUGAAUGUCAAGAUGUAAGCAAUAAAAGUAGUCCUGAAGGAUUAUUAUUGCAUAACAGUAUUGUCACGUGUACCAUAUCAGAUUGAAGGGAAUACUUUCAAAGUGGAACAUACACAUAGAAAUAGUAUAAGGAGGUCUUCUAACAGGAUGGGAUUGUGGGGUUUUAUUCUCUCAAAUUAGUUGAUUAAAUCACACAAUGAAUCAGAUCACUGUGGCAAAUUUCUAUUUAAGCACAAACAAAUGUGUAGUCCCUCGAGUGUGUUGAUAUAGAAGACGAAAAGGAAGAAGAGAGAUAACAAUGUUGAUCUGAGGUGACAGACACUCUCAGACUCACAGCUCAAUGGUUCCUCAAGAAAAACUACAAGGAAAGAAACACUGGAAUGACGACACUGACAUUCCCUGACUUCAAAUCCAUUGUGGUGACUAGACUGACGGUGGUUGGUACAAAUAAACAUGCAUUUAUGCAAGUUUAAA